AUGGAGGACAGGCAUUCGGCGUCGAGCAUGGUGCUCGUGGACGACGCUUUGAAAAGCAAGACCAUUGAUGGGCAAGACAAGCCCGGAAAAGGGAAAGAUGAGAAAAGUCAAGGGGAAAACCCCGAAGCGGACGCGGGCGAUAAGUGGCACGGCGCCGGGGGGAUGGCGGAGACAUAUGCCUGCUCCUCGCUAUCUCCUGCUCUAUUCCCUCUCGGUCCCCGUCCGCAACUGCCCUGCGCGCCCCGUAUUCCCCGCCUCUCUUUUUUCUCCCCCGUCGACGACGACGACGACGACGACGCGCGCGAACCUGUGCUCGGGCAUCCAGCACUGCUCACAACGGUAUGGGAACCCGCAUCUGUCACGCUCACCCAUAUCUACUCCACUGCUCGCUCGCGCGUCGACCUCCUCCUCACCCCCCCGCAACUCGACAACCGACACCAUUCGUGCCCAUAUCUCGAGGGCUCGUGCCCGCGUUUCAUCCUUGCGUUCGAAAUUCGAGUACAGAUGGACGCGUUUCCCGUCAAUGUCCCCGGAACGCAGUCUGGGCCACCUAUACCCGACUACUACAAGCGGGCCGUCUACCGUGCCGCGCCUUCCCAAUUCCAUGUCGAAGUGCUCCCUCCGGCCAAGAUAGGUGGAGCGUAUGGUUAUGGCAUGCGUAUAACUCCCCUCCAGGAUGACAGAGUCACGGUGAAAACAACUUCCACCAAAUCCGACUACGUUGUGUGGCGGCGCUGGGAAGACUGCCUCUGGUUCCAGGACGUGCUCGAAAUCGAGUAUAGCAUGAAGGCGCGCGAGAAGCGCGCGCGGCUAUUCGCAGGCAAGGGUGUGAAGAAGAAUGGGCUAUAUAUGCACGAUCACGCGUCAUCCUUCGAAUCCCUACCCCCAGGUCCAGACCCGAAGUCCGUGUCGAAGGACAUCCACGAUUACCUUCCCAAGCUGAACAAGAAGGGCACGCUCUUCCGGCCUAGCCAGGCGACGGUCGCGCUGCGUCACCGAGAGUUCGCGGCACUCAUCGACGCGCUUUUCGGAGAUGACGUUCCCGCUCUCAUCGCAGAGCUCCGCAAGGAGCGCAUCAUCCGCGAUUUCUUCGGCCACUGGCGCCGUGACCACGAUCUCGCAGCUAAGCACAAGGCCAACCGCGCUCUCGUGACCCAGUCUCUCAGUGCGGGUGCGUUUUCGACGUAUUUCUCUGCUUCGAAUGUUUCGCUCUCUCUCCCCGACGCGUACCCCGAUGUUCCUACGACCCCCGCACCAGCCCCGUCGACGCAUUCGAUCGAGCGCAGCGAAUCUUCAUCCAGCCUGUCUUUGUCCGAUACGGACAUAUCCUUUUUCUUCCCCAAGGCUCCCUCAUCGGCACCAGCCCGUCUACGCACGUUCGACCAGUCACAAACCAUAACUGAAGAACCGCGACUGGCCUCGGAAAGGUCGUCUUCUUCGACGCAUGCGUUAUCAUCAACUCCUCCACGCACGCCUGCGAUACCUCCCAAGUCUGCGCGCAGAUCUGCUUCCGCCACGAAGCAAUCGGAACGAAAAAAAGACGAAUUUACCAUAGAGGAGUUCCCGCUGUUCUUGACAAGCGAGACCCGCGAAGGGCUCAAUCUCAGCGGAAAGUCUAUCGCCCAAGCCAAUGCACGACCUAUCCCACUGCGCAGUGGACUCGCAUCGCUACCUGAAGAGCAAGAGCUCGGCUCUACUCUAUCAUACGGCGAAAACGAGUCAGAAUCUUUGCCACCAUCGAGCCUGCGCAGCAGGUACACAUCCCUCACCAAGGGGGACCCUGCGAACAGGAAUUGUGUCUUGUUCGUCGAGUCCAUUGAUGGUCUCGCAACACUUGGCGAGGCCGUUAACCCUGACCCCAUCUCGCCCGCAACGUCCGAGCCGUACCCCGACGCCUUCGACAUGUCCCCGCCCACAAGCUCUUCUCGCCCUCCCUCACUCGUCAUGUCCAGCUUCUCCGUCCAGUCUUCAUCCUCCUGGUACUCUACCGAGUCGGCGCCACGCUCUCGUCCCGGCUCUCCCCACUCAAUAAUAUCAAACGACCUCGACUUGCCCUUCGUUGAAGGCCCGAGCUACCCGAUCACCCCAGCGAGCGCAGACAUGUUCCCCGUGUCCGCAGGCCCGUUCCCGCGCCUAUCUACCAUCAGCAUGGACUCCUACCAGGGUGUGUCCAUCCCCGAGCGGUCGAUCAAACGGCGCUCCAUCUCCCCUGGCCCACCUCUGAGCCCUUCCACAGGCUCGAGCGUUUCAUCGGGAUCGCGCCGACCACGCAGUUAUAGCCAGCCACUACCCAUGCAUGAGGAGCAACCGUGGUCCGACCUCGGGGAAGACUUCAUCCAGUCAUAUCUCGAUAACUCCUCCGUCCUCGAGUCCAUCGCUGACUCGGAUUCCUUUGAGUUCACAGCCAGCCGCCCACAGACGCCCACCCCCUCUGAGCGACCUCCGAGCCCUGAUCCCAGCUCCAACGCCAAUUCCGACGUCAUUCCGUCCCCAUCCUCCCACAGGCAGCAGAUAGCCAUGUACCUCACUCCCGAGCGCCUCCCCCGAUCCCGAUCCUAUCAAGACCGUCCCGCCGGGCAAUUCCAUCUCCCACUCCCUCCUCCGCGGCCCUCGCCCUCUCAGCCGCUUCCUGAUCCUCCACAGUUCCCGCCUCCGCUCCCCAGUGUUCCAUCUCCCCAUCUGCGAUCGUACCCUUCCCCGCCGGACGACACACUUGUCGUCAAGGCCGCGCUCGGGGACGCGAUCGUCGUAUUUCGCACGCCGCGCGCCGGCUCGCUCGCGGAUCUCCGGUUGCGCGUGCACAACAAGUUCUCGCGCCAGGAGGGCAUCACGCCCCCGGAACCUUUCGUGCUCGCGUAUCUCCCCCCGCUCAUGCCCGGCGCGCGCUCGCGCAUGAGCUCGAUGUCGUCCGCGAGCUCGGCGGACCUCGCGAAGAUGCUGCCGCUCGUGUCUGAAGAGGAGUGGUCGCGCGCGAUCGCGACGUGCGGGCCGAAGCUCGUGCUACGCAUCGUGGAAGUGUCCGAGGAGGAGUGAGGGGAUCCGCAGUGCUUUCCCGGUUUCUUUAUUCGGUGCUAUUCAUCGCCGAGCUUCGGUGUUAUUCAAUUGAGAUUUAUGACCCGCCAUGACCCUUUUCCUUCCUUUUGCCACUAAUCAUUUCCUCCUCUUUCUCUCUUUCAACUCUCUUACACUCUGACCCUCUUUUUACAUAGCAAGGACGUUCGGUUCGGGAUGAGUGUCCCAAAACCUUGCACAGCUGCGAGCACCAUGUGCAAACCACCCUUGCGUUUACAAACCCUCAUUUCCGUGCGCACGCGGCGCCGGUAUACCUAUUUAUACUCUUCGCGCUUUCUUCCCUUCGAGUGUGUAUCUCUGUAAUCGUUUAGAUAGCAUUUUGUUGUCGAUUUGUACGCACCACCGCCAGAUAAACCAUUCCCAGCGUAGAUGGGUGAAA